GAGGCUGCCAGGGGACUUUGGUUGGCUCACAGCGUGAUCUCCACAAGCCCCGCCCCCGGAGGUGCCUUCUAAACACGUUCUUCCGGUCGUUUCGUCCUCUUGUCUUCUCCGCCAUCCUCUGCGAGGUUGAGUUAGCUCCUCAGCAUGUCUUCUCACAAGACUUUCAGGAUCAAGCGAUUCCUGGCCAAGAAACAAAAGCAGAAUCGUCCCAUUCCCCAAUGGAUUCGAAUGAAAACCGGUAAUAAAAUCAGGUACAACUCCAAGAGAAGACAUUGGAGAAGAACCAAGCUGGGUCUGUAAGGAGCCUCACAAAUGAAGUGGCAAACAUUUGUGUCGAGUUCGCUUGCCUCUUACCAUAUCAGAACGUCACUAAUGGGUUAUUGUCUGGAAAUGAGAAAAAUGGGAUGUUACCUCUUUUCUUGAUGUGUUGGCACCAAUGCUCACUGUCAGGCCUGCUAAUAAAUGAUACCUAUUGUUGCAACUGUUGGUGUAUUAUUCUGGUUUGUGAUGAUGUACUGAAUAAAUACCCCUCCUGUCAGAUAUAACA